ACCAAUCACCAGUGCACCAAACUAGCGGGAACUUCGCGGGACUGUUUGCUGUAUGAAGGAAAAUACAGUAUAAGGAGUUUUACGAAGAGGUUUCUCCGAAACCUCGCUAUUUUCUUUCGUUCCUAAAUGGAAGCUUUCCAAAAGCUCGAGAAAAUUGGAGAAGGAACGUAUGGAGUUGUUUAUAAAGCAAUGGACAAAGAGACCGGUAGAACGGUUGCCCUGAAAAAGAUUCGGCUUGAUACGUGAGUAAUAUGCGUAAUAAACUGCGCAAUUAACCGAGUUUGCUUUAUUAAGAUUUUCUUGUUCCUAUAGCUUGAAAUAUUUUAGCGAGAAAUAAAUUUAUACCUGAUAUUUAAAGAGCAGUAUAAAAGUCAUUCUGGCCCUUAGCGGCGCAGAAUAUAAAGUUUAGAAUGAACUGAAAUUUGCUCUUUCAAAACUUGCUUUGUUUGCUCGUUAACUACGCUGAAAGUUCUUUUUAUUUUUUCAGCGAAUCUGACGGUGUUCCGAGUACAGCAAUAAGAGAAAUAUCUUUACUGAAAGAGCUAAACCACCCUAACGUUGUAAGGUAUGUUGCGCAUAAAUAUUUGGUGCUCACUGCUGUAGAAUGGCUUCCUACUACGCCGACGAUCAAUUAAGCUUAUUUACGACAUAAAUCAUAUAUUAGAGUAAGUUUGUACCGUUUUCUCUUCACCACUCGUGUAUUUAAGACGAAAUGUGUAGAGAUAAUUCUCUCUAAAGCGCCGACUAAGCAUAUAUCGUAGUUGUUUAUAUCAAGUCGACCUUGACAUGCAUGCAAGCAAGGUAGGAUUUCGAUGAAAAUACCAUGCAGAUACUUAUUCAAGUCAUACUCAGGGGGACGGACUUCACUGGACACGAAAUAAACCUUCACGAUAAAAAAAUAGUCAUUCCAUCUUCGUUUUAGUUUGUUUCAAACAAAAGGCCUCUUUUUUAAAUACCAGCAUUUUACUAUAAGCUACAUCCGAGUGGUCGUGACUUGCUCUCCGGAGGUUAAUAAAGUGAUUGCGUGUGCGUUCAUUCUUUAGCUCUUUUGAAUGGCUUUUAAAAGCAAAUUUAUUUUAAAUCAAAUCAUAAAUUCUUAUUUAGCACACCCAACAUCCUAAAACUUAGAGCGCAGAUGUCUAAAGACUGUUGUUCAUUUUCUGACCGUCGGUAAUCACGAGAUAAGCGAACCGUAUGAAGGCGACAAAAUCAUUAAUUCAUUGUCACCUAUCAGACCCACGUGUUGAGUGAAAGAGCUGGUACCUUUCGUUCCAUCUUUGAGAGUUUUUUGAACUGAGAAACUAACAAUGAAUGAAACCAGUUCUUGCAUCAUAUUUUUGCAGAAUUACUGAACACUUACAAUGUAAGGUUUGUUUUUUACAAUGUUUUUCUUAUUAUUUUGUUGCCUGGUAUCUGCUUCCACAUCAAUCCUAACAAACACUAUUCUACAAAUUCCCUUCAUUUUCAACUUCCCAGAAUAGCCCUUUUUUAAACAAAUCUUCUUUUUUUAAACAGCUUUGGUAAGAUUUCCACACCGCCCCAUACUUACAUGUUUUGACCCUGUUAUGUUCAUAUUAACUAUUUGAUGAAAUACGAUAAUACUAAAUAAGGGCCUGUUUAUUUGGAGGUUGGAGACCGCAGAUAGGUGAGGUAACCUGCUUAGGUGGGGUAACCCGCCUGUCCAUAUAAUUUCUCAUUUUAAUUUGAUCACAUUUACAUGAUAGGUGGGGUGAUCCGCUACAGGUUACCUCACCUACCUUGGGUCCCCACCUCUAUGGAAACAGACCCUAAAACAGGGAAUAGGAAAAUGGAGACAAAACCUACCUUGAACCCUAAUUCUCUGCUUUGUUCCCACUUUUCAAUUUCUCGUUCCCCGCAAUCGUUCCCCACUCCAUGUUCCCCUUGGUAACAUCUGUGUAAAGUAAUAUUAAAUUGCUGCUUGUAUGAUAAAUGUAUGGAGUUGUACAAAAAAUCUUACCCAUAAAUGCUGUUGCUUAUGAACUUGUGAUUAAUUUACUUUGACUUUGACAGAUUGCUAGAUGUCGUUCACAAUGACAAAAAGCUGUUCCUUGUCUUUGAGUUCCUUGAUAGGGACCUUAAAAAGUACAUGGACACUUUGCCUGCGAGUGGAAUUUCAUUGGCUCUAGUAAAGGUGAACCUAACUGCUCCUUCAACCUGUUGAAAAAUGUUCUCAUGUAGUCUUAACUACUACAAAUUUGUACUAUAGGUGAAGCAGCAUUUAGAAGAUUCCCUUGAGGAAUUGUCUACUGCCUGCUUAAUGUAGGGUGUCUACUUAAUGCAGGUUUUGAUGCAUAAUGUCACAUUAGGUUGAAAUACUAUUCCAAAGAAUGGGAGAAACAUAUGGGUUAAGGCUGGUUCUUUUAUGCCGCCAAAGUAAUGGUUUCAUUUUCUUGAAAAAAAGGGAAAUAAAUUUUGAAUCUGCCAGCUUUUUGGAGAGUGUCCCUAUUUUUUGUGUUGACUUCCCAUCAUGAAGGAAGUAGACUGACAUUACCCUUGUGAAAAUAAGUCGCUUCUCAUGAGACCUCUAACAUGAGGCCAGUUCCUUUUAACAUAUUUACAUUAAGUACCAGCUAAUACUUACACCUUUUAUUUUUAUUUUCAGAGCUACCUUUACCAGUUGUUAAGUGGCAUAGCAUUCUGUCACUCACACCGAAUCCUACACAGAGAUUUAAAACCCCAAAAUCUCCUAAUUGACUCUCAGGGAUCCAUAAAACUAGCUGAUUUUGGGUUGGCUAGGGCAAUUGGGCUUCCUGUUAGGUCAUACACCCAUGAGGUGGUUACUCUCUGGUACAGGGCCCCAGAAAUUCUUUUAGGAUGCCGCUAUUACUCAACACCAGUGGAUGUCUGGAGUAUUGGCUGCAUAUUUGCAGAAAUGGUUUGUAGCUCAUUUUUUAUAUACCUCAGGAAUGGAUCCACACCGGUUUCCACUGUUUUACAAAAAUUGGUCAGAAUUUCAUCAACAAAUUUAUUUUUACUGAGAAAAACUUUCCAAGUUGAAAUCUGGCCAAUAUCCUGUCUGAUUGACUCGGAAACCCAGGAAAGCUUUCUUUAGAGAGUUAAAACCCCAAAAAAUUUCACAGGGGUUCAUGCCUCCCAACCCCCACUAGAAGCUUGCGCCUCCAGUACUUGUUUGGGAAAUCAGUCAGUAUUUUUCUAGAUCAGCAGCUGUACAUGUAGCUCUUUCCAUCUAUAAGUUUGAACAAGGACAAGUUACUUUAAAAAUGAAAUUCACCAGCAGAAAUGGUUUGCGGGUCAUUUUUUGUAUUAAUUUUUUUUAUCUACUUGAGAUUACAUUUAUACUUGAAUUCGCUUAGCUAUCAGUUUUAAAAAGCUAGGACAUUUACUUUUGAGAAAUGUUCACCACUCUUAAUGGAUGUGGUCCACAAAAGGAGUUGCCAUAUGACAGAUCUUGUUUUUUACAGAUUACAAGAAGAGCACUAUUUCCAGGGGACUCGGAAAUUGACCAGCUAUUUCGAAUAUUCAGGUACUGAAGAAAUGAUGCCAUUUUGGUAAAAGAUGUGAAGGUUUAUUAUGGAAUGAGGAAUUAAGAAUUAAAUGAAAUGAAGCAUCUUCCAAGGAGAUUAAGAAAUCUGUGAAAAAUGAAAAAGGUGAUAAAAAUCAUUCUCCAUUAUUUCCAACAAUAGGAAAACAACCUGUGAAGGAGCACAAAAUGAGGAAUAAUGACGUUUCAGUUCCCUUACCAUGCCUUUCCUCCUGUCCCCGAAAGAAAUUUGGGUUAACCUCCUUGGAUUGUCUUAGAAGUUAAAUUCACAUUCCUGUUCUUUAAAAAGCAUUACUUAUAGCCAGUACAUCAGUUUAUAAUACAAAUGUGCCAGUCCCAUUGAUGUGUUUCAGCUGUUAAAAGUGCUUUAUUUUUUAAUCAAUAUGAUAGAACAUUAGGCACUCCUGAUGAAAGGUUAUGGCCUGGUGUAUCAGAUUUUCCUGAUUACAAAACAUCUUUUCCAAAGUGGCCAGUACAAAAUCUUUUACAAGUCAUCCCUGCACUAAGUCAACCAGGUGCUGAGUUAUUACAGGUAAUUAUAAAUGAAAUUAUUUUUUUUGCAGAUCAAAAUAAUAAAAUUGCCCAUUUUCUCACCAGCAUUUGACACCAGACACUUCGCUGCACCACUGUAAAGUGCUCAUUUUGAUACAUUACAUCUACAGUUAAAAAUUAUUUAUAAUUUACACACUGAUUAGCCUCCAAGGUCUUGUUGUCUUCCAGGACAAGAAAACAUCUUUGAAUUAUUUUUGUCUUGUUUUGUUUUGUUUUUGCCAUUGAUAGUGAAUUGAGUUUUAUGAAAAAUGUAAAUAUUACAUUUACCCUUGGGCUAAUUAUAGUGCAGCAUUUCUCGAAAGGUAUGGCAAUGCUGCAGUCUCAUAAGAACAUUGGGUUCAAAUGAAAAUGCUGUUAUUACUUGUUGUCACAGCAUUAAGUUUCAGUUUGAAAGUUUAAAAGCAAUCUUUCCAGAGUUAAACAGUGAGGAAAAGGAACAUUUUCUGUACUCCUCUGAUCCUUCCAACCGACAUCAUAAUUUUUCUUGUCUUCAUAAUACAGUGCAAACUUGAGUUACUAUGCUUUUUUCCUUGCAGCAAAUGCUCAUAUACGAACCAACCAACAGAAUAUCAGCAAGGAAUGCCUUACAUCAUCAGUUCUUCAGUGAUGUUAAAAGAAGUAUACCCAAAUGCUAACUAUUUAAGUGCAAUAACAUAUACAUUCUGCACAAUGGUUACUUUGUGGACUAGAGUCAUCUCCAUCAUCUCUACAUAAUUGUAUUCUACUGUUUAGCAGAACAUGUAUGGUGUUCAAAACACAUUGAUCUUUUGCAUACGUCAUCCAUCCAUAACAUAAUAUUGUAUCAAGAGCACUCUG